CAAAAUAAUUAUUUACCGUGCAAUACUAGUUGGAAAAACGAAUAUGCUACUGAGCUCUCAUUUGUCAUCCGACUUCCAAUCUUAAACCCUAGUAAUCACAGCCGCCAUUUAUCUAUCCACUAACUCAACCCAGUCGAAGAUGAAUUCGGAGGUUCUAAAUCCCACCACCACCCCAGAUCUCGAGAAGCGUGCAACUAAGAUAAUGUUUGAAUACAAAGACGACAAGAAGCAGCAGCGGCCGUACAAGGACGAGGCUCUCACAGAGAGCUCGAAUGUAAAGGUUGAGGAGGACACGGCCAUGUGUGACCCCUUAGCCGACGAGGACUCCAUGUCCGCCGAGGAUAAGACCAGCGCCGAUUAUUAUUUCGACUCUUACUCCCACUUUGGUAGUUUCUAUUCACGUGUUGCCCUUUUGUUACUUAUUUCUCAGUUUCUUUUAAACUCUCUUUAUUUUAUUUUUCACAUUUAUGUGUCUUUGGGAAAGAAGAACCGAAGUAGUAUACUGAAGUUCACCUUAAAUGUUUCCUUUUGUGUUAACAAAAUCUACUAUGCCCUACAUCUGUUAAGUGUAAAGUUAUAUCUUUUAGCAGCCAAAGUUAUAUACUUGAAGAAAGGUUUGCCCUUUGUUCAUUUCUAGUGGUUUUUGUUAGUGGCCAAAGCAGACGCAGUAUAACUAUGAUCAACGUAUAUAGGGCUAACUAGAUUAAAUAGUCAGUUUAGUCUCUGAACUCCAAAACGCACUAAUCGAACCCUUUAACCCCCAAAAUAUGGCUCAAUUGCUGUUUUUUCUGUUUUCCAACAGGCACAAACCCUGUUUCUUUAAUGUCACGAUCCUCAUUUGGUACUGAACCAGUCCUUAAAGUCAGAGUUUAUAACUUCAUGCUAAAUUAUCACUCCCAAUUAAUGGUAACAGUAAUGAUAUAAUUAGUAUAUGUACUUCAUCUCCCAAUCCUUUUAUUUCCUGUAGGAAAGAAUGAAAGAUUAUAAACUACUCUGCCAUGAGACCAUUUUUGGUAGGUGCGUGAUGGCUGACAAUAUAACAUAGUCACAUCACAACAACAACAACAACAUCAAGCCUUAGUCCCAAACGAUAUUGGGGUCGGCUAACAUGAAUCAAUACAUGAUAUCACCAAAAGGAAAAGAAAGAAAAUAGAGAUAAAAAUGAUAAGCUAUUAUAAAAAAACAUAGUCACAUCAUAUUACAUAAAUCGGAAUAUGAAUGCUGCAAUUUCAUAUAUCGAUUCAUGUUAGCUGACACCAAAUUCUUUUGGGACUAAGGCUUGAAUGUUGUUGUUGUAGAAAAGGUUAUAAAUAAUAGUGUAUGUGUGUAUAUCUACAUGUGUACAUAUAUGUGUGGGGGAGGGGCUGAGGGAGGGAUUACUCAUGAAUGAGUAUAAAAGUGUCAAGUUCCCAAUAUAUGACCAAUGACCAUAGUAGUUUUUAACCAUUUGUAUGACUAAAAAGGUUUAAAAAUACCCCUGUGUAAAAGGUUUGUCAAUGAAAGACAAGGGCGUGUGUAUAAAUUUAAAACUCUCACAUGGCAUGCAUACAUCAAUUCACCAUUAUAUUAGGAAAAAGUGAUAAUGGUCAUAUAUGUUGAGAAAGAGGGAUUCUUUUUGUCAUAUGCUCCCUCUGUUUCUUAAAACUUGGCCAAGUUUGACUGGCAUGGGGAUUAAUAAUGUAAGAACUGCGCGGUUGAGGAGAAAGAAUUCACUGGAAUCUCAAAUUCUUUAUUUAAAAGGGAAAAUGACAAAGUUAGUAGGACAACCAAAAAAGUAAAGUUGGCAAAGUUUUAAGGGACGGAGAGAGUAUGUGAUAAUUUCUCAUAUAUAUGUAUGUAUAUGUUGCACUAUUCAAUGUUUUUGGAACAUAUUAACAUGUAUCAUAGACUCCAUAUUAGCUAUUGUUGUUGAAUUAUAGACUUUUCUGAUGACUAUAUUCAUAUUUUAUUACAUAUCAUCCCUCGCUAGUAAUAUGGUGCCAUAUAUUUGAGGUUUCACCAGCAAAGUAAUAUAAUGAUGAAUUGCUACUGUGCAUCAUGCUAUUCAACAUUUGUCAUUCUUAUUUGAAGGACUAAUGAUGGUUCUGCUUCUACUUGUUUGUUUUUUUGCAGGGAUUCAUGAAGUAAGUAUUCAUCUUUGGGCAUCGAUUAUAUAAUGUGCUGUGGUUUGUGAAGAUGGUACUAUCAUCUUCGUUUUUUCUAAUGGUUGGGGUGUAGUGUGGGCAUAUUCAUUCAAUGAAUGCACAUGUCUUGGCCAGCAGUGUGCUGGGAAAACCAAGCAGUGAUGAUUGUAAAAUAAAUACAGAAAAGCAUUUUUAUUAAUUUCUCCAACCCUUUUUAUUGCCAUCAUUUAAUUGACUUUCCCUUAAAUAUCUGUGUUUACUCUCUCAGUAACGUUUUUUAUUAUUGUUUAAGGAAAUGUUGAAGGACAUAGUUAGAACUAAGACGUACCAAAAUGUCAUCGAUAAGAAUCCAUUUCUGUUCAAGGACAAAGUGGUGCUUGAUGUGGGUGCUGGGACUGGGAUCCUUUCACUUUUUUGUGCAAAAGUUGGUGCUAAACAUGUUUAUGCGGUUGAAUGCUCUAGCAUGGCUGGCAUGGCACAAGAAAUUGUGAAGUUAAAUGGUUUCUCUGAUGUAAUAACUGUUAUCAAGGGAAAGAUUGAAGAAAUUGAACUUCCUGUUGCUCAUGUGGAUAUAAUAAUCUCUGAGUGGAUGGGAUAUUUUCUUCUAUACGAGAACAUGUUAAAUACAGUACUCUAUGCCCGCAAUAAGUGGCUUGUAAAAGAUGGGCUUGUGCUUCCAGAUAAGGCUUCUCUAUAUUUGACGGCUAUUGAAGAUGCUGACUACAAAGAGGACAAGAUUGAAUUUUGGAACAGUGUGUAUGGUUUUGAUAUGAGUUGCAUAAGGAAGCAGGCAAUGUCAGAACCUCUUGUUGACACGGUAGAUAAGAAUCAAAUUGUAACAAACUGUCAGUUACUCAAGACGAUGGACAUCUCUAAGAUGGGUGCAGGAGAUGAAUCCUUCACUGCUCCAUUUAAGCUUGUAGCGGAGCGCGAUGAUUACAUACAUGCACUUGUAGCAUAUUUUGAUGUAUCAUUCACCAAGUGUCACAAGUUAAUGGGCUUUUCUACAGGGCCAAAGUCACGAACCACACAUUGGAAGCAAACAGUUCUGUACCUGGAGGAUGUCCUAACCAUAUGCCAAGGGGAGACCAUUGUCGGAAACAUGGCGGUUACGCAGAACAAGAAAAAUCAUCGGGAUCUAGAUAUAACCAUCAACUACUCGCUGCAAGGAAAGCGUUGCCUUGUAUCAAGAACUCAACAUUACAAAAUGCGGUGAUGCCACCUUUUGUCAUGUGUCAUGUUGUUAGGUGAGCUGCUCAUCAUCUUUUGAUGCAGCUAUAUCUUAUCUAAUACUCUCUUCAUUUCCUUUAAAUUGUCUUUGUAAUGUGAUUUUUUUCUCCUCUAGCCAUGCAUUGGGUGUUUGUACUUUGUUGUGGUUGUUCUAGCUGAUAUGGCAGAGUUCUAAUUCUAAUACGAUUGUUGAGACACAAAACAUUGUGACACAACAUACUCUGAUCUUUAUUCCUGGUCAAUUUGCACUAAUUUAUAUCAAAAUUUUGUGCUUUUUGUGCUCAAUAUAGGUGGUAAAAGUUCACAAUGCAA